UAAUGUUAAAGCAGAAUCUACUUACGCCGGGUUUCUCGCGUAAACAUCCACAACAAACAUGGCGGACGAUCACACAGACGCAGAUCAGUCGAUGGAGGGACACACUCCUGUGUCUGAAAACCCUCACGCAGAGUACGGCCUGACAGACAACAUCCAGAGGACGGGGGAGAACGAGAAGGCGAGUGCAGAGAAGCUGUCUAAGCAGAAGGUGGACCUGCAGGCCCUGCCCACCAGAGCGUACCUGGACCAGACCGUGGUCCCCAUCCUGCUGCAGGGCCUGUCAGUGCUCGCCAAAGAGAGACCUCCGAACCCCAUCGAGUACCUGGCGGCGUUCCUGCUCAAGAACAAAUCUCAGUUUGAAGAGAGAAGUUAGAGCGGCGUGUGUUGGACGCUGCAGCUCGUCUCAGCUCCUGUGUUGGUUCAUGAACCGUUAGACUGUUUUUUUAUUUCAUCAGAAUAAACAUGUUGAUGUGAAA